CACUGAGGUAGAGGAGAACUUGGACAUCAGGUCUCAAACGCAGAAAGGAGCACGGCAAGGCAGGCAAAAAAGGUAUGGACCUCCUUAAUUCCUCUAAGCUCCCUACCAACAAGACGGACUUCAGUUCUACCUUCACCAGGCAGGUCCUUCCGUCGCUCUACAUCGCCAUCUUUGCUUUGGGUGUGUGUCUAAAUGGCCUGGCUGCCUGGAUCUUCCUGAGAGUCCCAGCAGAUUCUGCUUUGGUGGUCUACCUGAAGAAUAUGGUUGUGGCUGACAUCCUCAUGUUGUUCUCCUUCCCUGUCAGAGUUGCCGCAAAAAUGAAUUUAGACAGCCGCUAUCUCAACAUGAUCGAAUGUCGCUUUAAUGCCGUCCUCUUCUACAUAUCCAUGUAUGUUGGAUUGCUCUUCAUAGCAUAUAUCAGUCUUGAACGCUAUGUCAAGAUUUCCCAAAAUGUCCCUUCAACCAAGGCCACCUCCUCCUUGAGGUCACAAUGUAGAGGUGUGUCUGUACUACACCUGAUGCAGAGUACCACCUUUUCCCAGGUUCUGGCAGUCCUCACCUGGAGUCUACUCUUUUUGUGCUGCUCACCCAAUAGCAUACUGACAAACUGGCCGGCUAACAGCCAUAACUUCACUAAAUGCAUCCAACUGAAGACACCACUGGGUAAACAGUGGCAUCAAGCAACUAGCCUAUUUACCUGGUCCCUAUUCUGGUUGACGCUCAUUAUUGUGGCUUUCUCCUACACCUUCAUUGCUCGACAAGUGUACAAAACAUACCACUGCAUGCGACGUGACAGCAGGGAAGUCUACCGCAACUCCAACCGCAACAUCUUCAGCAUUCUGGGAGUGUUUUGUAUCUGCUUUGUGCCAUUCCAUGUCUGCCGAAUACCUUACACCAUGAGCCAGGUGUCACCUACACACUUCAGCCAAGACAGCAAAUUCUGGCUUCACCAGAUCAAAGAGGGAACUCUCUUCCUGUCGGCAAUGAAUGUUUGCCUCGACCCUCUGGUCUACUUCCUAAUGUGUGGGACCUUCAGAAAGUCUCUCAUAAGGAAACUGUCUGGUAGAAAGAAGAGGAAGCCACUGUCAACCGAUCUGAGCCUUAGUAAAAUGUAGGGUGGGGGAGGAGGCAACAUCUAGGUGGAAGCGCUUGCACAGGAGGAUAGAUAUUUUUGUGAACAAAUAGGGAAAGAAAGAAAUCCUUAACUCUAAAGCUUCAGGAACAUCUGUCUGCAGUGGACACGAACAGUUUAAGACAUAGAUGUAUUUUUGUGAAGAUAACGUAAGAGUAUGAACUGUAGAUCCGUCUAUUAAGGGCUGUAGCUGUGCCCACAAUGUUCUUAAAAGACCAUUUAGUCAAUGGUAUUCUACUGUUGUAUGAGGAUGAAAAAUACCAAGAAUAUGGGACUUUAAGACAA